GUGCGCCUUUCUUGCAGGAGCAGGAGCAAAGGGGCGCUGGAUCCCGCCGCCCCCCCCCGAGCAUUCUCCCCCCACCCCUUCCAAAGCCAGAAGCUGAGCGCCAGAAGAGGGGAGAGGCUCCCCUGGGGCCCUUGGCACCCACUGCUGUCUCCUUCCCUUCCCCGCUGACUGGGUCGCGCCAUGUCCAUCUUGGUGGGAGUGGGCGACAGCCAGCCGGAGAAAAUGACGGCCGACGACAUCAUUGUCAACACGCGUCAGGUGAUGAAGGGCCUGGAGGCCCUGCGGAGUGAGAACAAGAGCAUCCGCCAGCGGCUGCAGGAGGCCUUGCUGAAGGAACGGCAGCUGCUGAGCGAGAGGGAGGAGGCCGUGGUGGCGGUAGCCACCGAAUCCAUGGAGGUGCAGGCCCUGGAACUUCUGGAGGAGAAACAUGACCUUGUCUGCAAGAGCCUGGAAGGGAUUGAGCUGGGCAUUGCGGAAGCACAGAUGAUGAUUGCUCUGUCCUCUCACAUGGGGGCUCUGGAGGCGGAGAAGCAGAAGCUGCGGGCGCAAGUGAAGCGCCUCUGCCAGGAGAACCUGUGGCUGCGGGACGAGCUGGCGGCCACUCAGCGGCGGCUGCAGCACAGCGAGCAGUCGGUAGCCCAGCUGGAGGAGGAGAAGAAGCACCUGGAGUUCCUGAGCCAGCUCAAGCAGUACGACCCCAAAGAGGAUCAGGUGGAGGAGGACGCUGACCAGCGCAAGGACAGCCUGUCUUCGCUUUUCCCCAGCGAUGAUGAUGAACAGAGGCAGGGGGGCCACGGCCCAAGUGCCGCUGCUUCGGCAGCCCAGCAAGGCGGCUACGAGAUCCCAGCACGCCUGCGCACGCUGCACAACCUGGUCAUCCAGUAUGCCUCUCAGGGACGCUACGAAGUGGCCGUGCCCCUCUGCAAGCAGGCGCUGGAGGACCUGGAGAAGAGCUCCGGCCACAGCCACCCAGAUGUGGCCACCAUGCUCAAUAUCCUGGCCCUGGUCUACAGGGACCAGAAUAAGUACAAGGAAGCCACGGAGCUGCUGAACGACGCCCUGGACAUCCGGGAGCAGACCUUGGGAGUCGAGCACCCUGCGGUGGCUGCCACCCUAAACAACCUGGCUGUUCUCUAUGGCAAGCGAGGCAAAUACAAGGAGGCAGAACCGCUUUGCAAGCGAGCCCUGGAGAUCCGCGAGAAGGUGCUGGGUACGGACCACCCGGAUGUGGCCAAACAGCUGAACAACUUGGCGCUGCUGUGUCAGAACCAGGGCAAGUUUGAGGAGGUGGAGCAAUACUACCAGCGGGCUCUCUGCAUCUACCAGACCCGGCUGGGUCCCAACGACCCCAAUGUCGCCAAAACCAAAAACAACCUGGCUUCCUCGUACCUGAAACAGGGCAAGUACCCCCAGGCAGAGGAGCUGUACAAGGAGAUCCUCUCCUCCCACGACCAGGACCUGAUCAACCACCGGGGCGAUGAGAGCAGAAUGGGAGUUGGAAGAGGUGCUCAGCAAGGCCAGGAUUCCUUGGGGAGCCUGAGACGCAGCAGCUCCUUCUCUCGAUUCCGCGAGUCCCUCAAGCGCAGCAGCGAGAAACUGGUCUCCCGCCUCAAAGGGGAAGGGGUCCGGCGCCCCAUGGCCCCGCCGGCGGCUGGGAUGAAGCGGGCCACCUCCCUGAACACCUUGCACGUGGGCGAGAGGCCGGCUGCCGGUGCGGUGAGUCAGCCCGCCAGGAGCCUGACCAACUUGUGCAGCCUCAGCUCCAGCGCGCAGGACCUCGUGCACAGCGGCUCCCCCUAGGACUGCUCCACGCCCCUCCGCUUCCCUCUUGCUGGCAACCAAUGUUGGAGCUCUUCUCUCCCGCUGGGCUUGUGGGGCUCCAGCACCCGGAGCAGGCUUUAACUCGCUCUCUGGCCAGCCAGGGACCGCCAGCCCCGCUCUGGCCCCCGGAGGCUGCCCACUCCUGCCUGCCCAAAGAGAGCCCCCUUUCCUCCCGACGGGCUGGGAGGGGCCGUGCUCUGGCCCAGAGCAGCUGCUAUUUCUCAGGGAGUCGGGGGCCGCAAGCGGCCCCGCCCGGAGGCCACCAUGGCCCUCACUGCAGCCGUCCGCCCUCUGCACGCCAGCCGGCCAGAAUGGCUGCUUGGACCACCCCGCCACGGCCACUAUUUAUCCUAUUUAUGUAUGAGGGACUGUACCCUCCCCCUCAAUAAAGGUGGCUGUCAGUGGA